AUGGACUCAUGGUAUAACCUACCUCGUGAAGGAGGUGUAGCGUAUGCGGCCCAAGAAUCAUGGGUCCAAAACCAGACCAUCAGGGAAAAUAUUCUUUUUGGUUCAUCGUACGAUGAAAUACGUUACCAGAAAGUCAUUAAUCAGUGCGCACUGAAGCACGAUCUGGAACUCUUUGAGGCCGGAGAUAACACAGAGGUCGGUGAGAAAGGAUUGACUCUGAGUGGCGGACAGAAGGCACGUCUGACUCUAGCACGAGCGGUGUACUCAUCGGCAGAGAUACUGCUACUUGACGACAUACUUGCUGCCCUUGACGUCCACACAGCCAAAGCGGUGGUGAACGAUUGUUUGAAAGGGGAUUUAACACACCAUGUCACUCUCACAACUCCAAUCUCCGACUACAUUGUUUCAGUCGGUCUCGACGGGGUUGCUCGUGGUGCUGGCAGUGACAUAUCAGGCGCGAUUUCACAAGGAAUCGAUCUGGAAGCGGAUGAAAAUGAUCAACUCGAAAACAAGGCCGAGACUACAGUCGGUGAAGAAGUCGGGAAGAACGGAAAGCUCAUUCUAGCCGAGGAAAUUGAACAAGGUCGAGAUUUUGGGGGUCCCAGUAUGAAAAUCAAAACCCGACCGAUGUCCAGUUUUCAUACGGCUCUGAUACUCUCCGCACUAGUUUCAACCCUUUACAACUCUGCAACUAUCAGAGCAUCGAGAUCAGUCAACGAUCAGCUAGUCGAAUCUAUUCUUACCUCCACAUUCAGAUGGUUAGAUGAGACGCCUUUGUCCAGAAUUGUUGCACGAUGUACUGGGGACAUAGCAACAGUCGACGGGUCGAUCCAAAAUUCCUUCUACUUUGUCGUAGAAAUCAUGACUUGUAUGAUGGUUCAGUUGGCAAUCCCAGCCGUCGUGGCGCCUAUGAUACUUGGGCCAGGUCUUUUGGUUGCCAUUGCCGGUGUGUAUGUUGCCAACACAUAUCUCAAAGCACAGUUAUCUGUGCAGCGAGAGAUGAGCAACGCACGGGCACCUGUGCUAGCUCAUUUUGGGGCAGCUAUGACUGGCUUAACUUCUAUACGGGCGUACGGUGCUCAAGAACUUCUGAAAGCAGAAUCGUUGAGAAGGAUCGACCACUAUUCAAAAAUCGCCCGGGUUUCCUACAACCUAAAUCGAUGGCUGUCCAUCCGUAUUGACUUUAUUGGUGCCUUUUUUACGGGAGGGGUGGCGUCCUAUCUGGUCUCGCAGACAAAUUUGAGCUCGGGAAACAUCGGUUUUGCUUUGAAAAUGGUAAUCUUUUUCAACAGACUUGUUCUGUAUCUAGUCAUGGAGCACAACGAUCUCGAGGUGCAGGCUAACAGCUUGGAGAGAAUACAAUCAUAUAUUGAUAUUGAACACGAACCAAAGCCAACCCAGGCUGGUAAACCACCAGCGGCAUGGCCAACCAGCGGAACCCUGCGUCGCAAUUUGGAUCCUUUCGGUGAAAACGAUGAUGCUACCUUGAAUAAUGCCCUCCGUGCCGCUGGUCUGUUUUCCUUGGAAGCAGAGGAGGAAGGAGGACGUAUCACUUUAGAUAGCAACAUUUCAAGCGCAGGCGGGAAUCUGUCGGUUGGACAACGUCAGAUCAUUGCACUAGCCAGAGCUAUUGUCCGCAAUAGCAAACUGCUCAUUCUGGAUGAAGAUCACAAAACCGACUUGAUUAUACAGUCAUCUCUACGGAACCAACUUGGUGCAGAUGUUACUGUAUUGACCGUGGCUCAUCGACUCAGGACCAUUAUGGAUGCCGACAAAAUAAGGGGUACUGACUCAUACCAGCUGGUCCUGGACAGUGGAAAAAUGGUCGAAUUUGAUUCUCCGAGAACGCUUCUCGGUUUGGAAGGGGGUUAUUUCAAAUCCCUCGUGGACGAAAGUGACGACAGGGAGUCGCUAUAUAAGAUAGCUGAGGCAUCUUUGGACCGGAAGUAG